GAGCGCACUGUAAAGCUAGGCAAAACUAUUCGCAUCUUACACGAACGUCUCCCUACUCUGCUCGCGUCACCGCUGCCACAAGACAUACUCUCACCACAAAUCUCACUCCAUCUGUUCCCCUCGACACAUCCACAUUUACCGACGGUAUCCGGACGAAUCGCUUACCUCGCUGCACUAUGGACAGCACCUGUAGCCUGGGGACGAGUACCUGUAGUGGGCAAUGUCAAGCUCACAGUCAUCUCGGAACGCAUGAUCCGCCAUGGUGGAAACAAUACCAGCUCGGCUUUCCGCGAUGAGAAGCUCAUAGUCAAAUGGAAAACUUGUGGAAAAGCUAGAAAGAAGAACUCGGCAGGCAUCUACCGUGGUAUCGGAGCCAACGAGCAAGUAGAAAGAAUCACAGAUGUCCUCGGCGGCAAGGCAAGGGACGACGAAGAGUUCUGCGGUCUCUUCAUCUUUGAGUUUGAUGACCAAGGACGGAUUCUCAAACAUACGAUUGAACACGCCGAUGACGCAUCUGGCUCGGAACGUACCAACAGAGUCGUUAGCGUGACUGACUGGCUGCUCGGCAAGGUCAAUGGGCAUCGAGAUGAACAUGUGCCCAGUCUCGCGUGGUGCAAG